CGUUCUAGUGCUCCUGCCCAUAAGAGUGUGAAUACGUGGUCCGCAUGUUCCUUGAAACUCUCUCCUUCGUAUGCAUCUCCUAAUCGCGUUGCGCUUGCUGUCGAGAAUAAGAUAAGACGUGUGCGAGGCCGGACGGGUAGGUCAGGGUGGGUGAAUCGAGAGAAGCUCGGCGCGCAGUGGUCGUCGUCAACCUCGCAAGACAUUAGGGCUUCUCUUUCUCUCACAACCUCGCAAGCGCGAAGCGGCUAACGAGAAGUGACGGCGCGGUAAUCAGGAGGUGCAAGGAAGGGACGAGGGAGGCGGAGGAGAGGAGUAGGGAGCCACGAUGCUGCAGGGCGCGGAUGUCCCGCCGAAUCAGACCAUAUACUUGAAUAACCUCAAUGAGAAAAUCAAGAAGGAAGAGCUGAAGAAGUCGCUGUACGCGGUGUUUUCGCAGUUCGGCAAGAUCCUGGACAUUGUGGCGCUCAAGACGCUGCGGCUGCGCGGGCAGGCGUGGGUGGUGUUCGAGGAUGUCACCGCCGCCACCAACGCGCUGCGCCAGAUGCAGGGCUUCCCGUUCUACGAUAAGCCCAUGAGGAUCUCAUAUGCUAAGACAAAGUCUGACGUGGUGGCCAAGUCGGAUGGCACAUUUGUUCCGAGAGAAAAGCGCAAGCGACACGAGGAACGAGCCCGGCGUCGUCAGCAGCAGGAGCAUGCGGCAGCGGGAGCAGCAGGAGGGGGGCGUGCGCCUGCUGCUGCUGCAGCCUAUGCACAGGGGGGCACAGGGGCCAUCCCAGGGGCGAACGAGCCGCCUGCGCCGCCCAACAGUGUGCUCUUCGUGCAGAACCUGCCGGUGGAAACCACCCCGGCGAUGCUGCAGAUGCUUUUCCAGCAGUUUGCGGGGUUCAGGGAGGUGCGCAUGGUGGAUGCCAAGCCGGGGAUUGCCUUUGUGGAGUUCAUCGACGAGGUGCAGGCCAGCGUUGCCCUGCGCGGGCUGCAAGGGUUCAAGAUCACGCCCACGCACCCCAUGCUCGUCUCGUAUGCCAAGAAAUAAACGCGUGGAUGUGGGGUGUGGGUGGGGUGGACUGGACGCCAUGGGUAGGAAGGAUGCGGUUUUAUGGUGGUUGGUUCUUUUUCCUUGCCAUUCUGGGAUUAGGUGGUUGUAUGGGGGGGUUUUGGGGGGGGAGGUGGGGGAAGAGGGGAAGGCCCUCUUUGAGAGCCAUUGGGGUUUGAUGGUAACAGUGGGGACUAGUAGGAUCCUUUGCUAUGUUUUUUUCUAACCUGUUAAAAGUUGUAUGAAUUGAAAUAUAGGCGCAUAUGGCAA